AUGGAUAAGGGCUGUAAGGUUAAAGCUUUAAGGGAGAACCUUCAUUCCAGUAAGGUACAAAGGAAUAAUGGUCGUAUGGGUGUUGCUCGGAAGGAAAAUGGCUGUACGGGAGAAUGGCUGUACGGGUAUGGCUCAGGAGAAUGGCUGUAUGGGUAUAGCUCAGAAAGAGAAUGGCUGUAUGGGUAUGGCUCAGGAGAAUGGCUGUAUGAUUAUGGCUCAGGAGAAUGGCUGUACGGGUAUGGCUCAGGAGAAUGGCUGUAUGGGUAUGGCUCAGGAGAAUGGCUGUACGGGUAUGGCUCAGGAGAAUGGCUGUACGGGUAUAGCUCAGAAAGAGAAUGGCUGUAUGGGUAUGGCUCAGGAGAAUGGCUGUACGGGUAUGGCUCAGGAGAAUGGCUGUACGGGUAUGGCUCAGAAGAAUGGCUGUACGGGUAUGCUCAGGAGAAUGGCUGUAUGGGUAUGGCUCAGGAGAAUGGCUGUAUGGGUACGGCUCAGGAGAAUGGCUGUACGGGUACGACUCAGGAGAAUGGCUGUAUGGGUAUGGCUCAGGAGAAUGGCUGUACGGCUUAG